CGCGCCGCCGGCUGCGGCCGCGGGCGCGCCCGGCGGAGGCCGCGCCGCAGCAGACCUACCGGCGCGUGCAGAGCCGAGUGCCCGUGUCCGACAAGGACCUGUACUACUACAUGGACGACGCGCGACUGACCGGCGGCGACGCUCUGGCGUUCGACGCGCUCGACGUCGCCGACGCGCCUGACAAUGACUUCGACGACGACGGGCCCCCGGCGGCCGCGCCGCGCAAGAAGAAGUACACUAUACUCGAGAUAGAAGGUGGCGAUGGAACGCGACGCAGCGGCAGAGGGGGCAGGCGGCGGUUCGUACAGGAAGAGGGCGACGACGGCAUCGCCAUCGUGAGCCUCGACAACGGGCCCUUCCCCGAGUUCCGGCUGCCGACCGACCGCCGGCAGUACAUGCACCACCAGUACACCGACGACGCGCCCGACCCGCCGCCUGAUGAGCCCCCUUCGCAACGGCGCCGCGGCCACUCGCUCGAGUACGCGCAGCAGGAGGACGAGCUGCUCUACCUCUCGUAGCACCCGACCGGCCGUCCCAGCCG